CGGUGAUCGUUCUGUAUCAGGAAGCCUGGGAUAUUCGAACAGUAUGUUUGAAUAUUCAUAAUAAAAUUCUAGCUAAUUAUGUACAAACUUUUAACUACAAAUUAUAGUGGAAUAUUUUACCGCUUAAAACAAUGUCAAGAAUUAGAUAUAUUGCUGGGGAUGACCUAUGUGUAUUUUGUGACAAAGAAGUUGAAUUUAUAACACAUUUAUUCUGGAAUUGCUCAUUUGUGAAACAAUUGUAUGAUUAUGUUUUUUCUAUUAUCAUGAAAAUAACUAACAGUGGCAACUUAAUAAAUUAUCAAACAUGUAUAUAUAUUAUUAGAUUUAAGACACAAUAAUUAUGUACAUUUGACCAAUAUAGAAAAAAAUGCUAUUAUUUUAUUGAUAUGUACUGUAAGAUAUAAAAUUUGGUUGCAAAGAAAUGCAGUGAUUUUUGAAAAUGUAAUGCCAAGAGUGAAUAAUGUAGUCAAUACUAUAAGAAAUUCAAUAAAGUGUAGGAGAAAUAUAGAACGACUGAGAAAUUUACCUAAUUAUUGUGAAGAACUUGAUUUAUUAUGCAAAUAUAUAUAAAUAUGACUAGAAGUGUUUAUCGUAAUGAAGUGGAACUAAUUCUUAAAUUUUUCUUUUUCAUGUAUUAAUUAAAAUAAUGGUAAAUGGCAUCAUGGAACAUAUAAUUGAUGAUGACAACAAAUGGGAAUUAUAACGGAUAUGCUACAAUAUGAAUACAAAUUCUCAAUAUUUAUUAUGGAAUUUAUACUGCCUCAUCUCCUAUUCAAGCCCGAAAGUGCUGUCCUGUCAACAUUCUUGCAGCGCAAAGUGCUUGGAAGGAUGGCUCCAAACUAGAAGCAAGAAGACUAAAGGUGUGACCGAGGUGGAAUGUGCUCUUUGUCGCAAGAAUACUGUUUUACCGCAACACGAGGUCGAAGCUCUUCCGAACAAUUAUGUCAUCAACGGAUUAUUAGCAAUGCUAAAGAACCGGGAAAAGAAGUCGCGACGAAAAAUACAGCGGACAUUGGUCGCGAGACCAGUCACUAAAACGACACAAAGGGCCAAGCUUCAAACAGUUCAAGGACUCUCCGCAUCGACGUCUGCAGCAUCGAAAGUUGCUGCAAUGUUGAGCGCCCUUAGCAAUGCGAAACCGAAAAGUGCAGGUACUUUAAACGCUGACAAAAGCACAAAUUCAGCAACUACUGAAAACAACAAGAUGAAAAUGCUAAUGUAAUAAGACAAGUUGAAAAAAGGACUUAUUAGGCGUAUGGAGAAAUGAAAGUAUGAAUCGAGAUAAUGAUAGUUUGCUUUGUGUAAUCAAAUUUUAUUUGCGCCGGAGAGGGUAUCAUGGUAUCAGAAGUCACAAGAUGGAUACAACUUUUUCGUUAGUCAAAAAUCCAGGAGGUUUUAGCUUUGCGCAUUGAAAAACAUUUACUGCUUUUUGUAGAAACUUUUCAUAGGUGUCAAGUAUUCACGUCUUAGACAUGAACCUUGUUCAAUACAUAAAAUGCGCUUUAAGUUUGUUAAUGGAAACCAAAUAUUUUCGAUUGUACACAGUGCUAUUUUCAGACUAAAUAUUCGGAGGAAAGUUGUCGAUUUUAAUACUAUAUGGUAUUUGAUUCAAGGUGCGUGUUCACAAUUGUUAUAAUAUAAAACAGUCAAUUGAGGUGUACUUCAUCAAUCGUCAUGGCAAAAAAUUCCCCGGAGUUGUAAAGUUUCUCGAUAGUUGUGUCAACUCAAAACAUCUCGCUCAACCUCAUGUUUGCUGCAGUUUAGAUGUUUACCUCUGAGAUACACGAAUAGGCCUUGAUUUCUUUUUCACAAUCUGAUAUUGUUCGGCAACUGGGAAACUCAAAGUCACAUCACUGAAGACACGGGAAUCUCCUAUUUUGAACAAUGCUGUUUUUUCAUCACCGUGUCGGUGAACGUGCAGAUGAAUGCAUUCCGGUUUCACUUGUUAAUUAUUUGACAGACUUCAGUUAUUCGCAUAUGUUGAUUUUGCAGAAGUAGUAAGAUCAUUGGAUCGUAUGAAUAGCGUCCUUGGUCCCAAUAAACCAUACCUUCAUAGCACCACCUGGUUGUAUCACUCACUUAUUGCUUGAAGUGUAUUUUUGUGAAAGUUUUGAAAUAAAAACUGGCAGAUUGAAAAUAAAAACUGGUAUUCAUGUAAA